CACCGACCCAAUUGCGCCAAUAAACGAAUAAAUGAGAGCAAGUACUGCUCUACCGACGAGAUGGCAUCCGAGCCUGGUUCCGUAUCCAAUCCGACGACACAAUCGUCUUCUACCGACACCCCAAUGGAGAUCACUCCCACCCCGUCAACUGCUCAGGCGACCCAGCCCCGCGCCGACGAGCCUAUGGCGCUUGAUUCAGAGGGCGGAUCUGGUGCGCUAGACAAGCCCGAUGGUGGUGAUAAGAGCGAGGAGAAUGACAAGCAAAAGAAGCAGGAGAACCAGGAGAACCAGGACAAUAAGAAACGACGAGUUGGCAGAAACGAAUGGCGGACAAGCGCAAGAAACUGAGCGACGACCGCCAGGCUGCCAAGCGACGGAAGCUGAACGAGAACGGCGAAGCAGGGCCGGCCCAAACAGAGCAGAAGAAGGAUAAGUGGAAGCAAGAUGGGGAACCGCGUCCAAAAGACCCCAGGAAAGCCAACCCCUUCUCGACCGAAGAGAUCGCCGCCGAAGAACGUCGUCCGAAGCGCAAAGUCGCCGUCAUGAUCGGCUACUCGGGGACCGGCUACAAGGGGAUGCAGAUCAACUGGGGCGAGCGGACCAUCGAGGGCGACAUCUUCAAGGCCUUCGUCGCCGCCGGCGCCAUCGCCAAGGCGAACGCCGACGACCCGAAGAAGUCGAGCCUCGCACGGUGCGCCCGGACCGACAAGGGCGUCCACGCCGCCGGCAACGUCAUCAGCCUCAAGCUCAUCAUCGAGGACGAGAACAUCGUCGACAAGAUCAACGCCAGCCUGCCCCCGCAGAUUCGCGUCUGGGGCCUCCAGCGCACCAACAACGCCUUCAGCUGCUACCAGUCGUGCGACUCGCGGUGGUACGAGUACCUCAUGCCGACUUACAGCCUGCUGCCCCCUCAUCCCGACAGCUACCUCUGGAAGAAGGUCGUAGAGUCGGCCAAGGAGCACGGCACCUACGACGACCUCCUCGCCAGGCAGGGCGACGUCCAGGGGUUCUGGGACGAGGUCGAGGAGAAGUCGAUCAAGCCCAUGCUGGCGAAGAUGGACCCCAAGAUCCGUGAGGUGGUGUUGGAGAGGCUCCACUCGGUUGAUGACGAUCCUGAGAACGAGGGCAAGCCGCAGCAGGCCGACAAUGUCGAGCAAGGAGAAAGUGCGGCUGGGGAUCAGACGAACGAAUCCGGCGCGAGUGCCGGUGCGGGCGACGCUGACCAGACGACUGACGCCACCACCCCCACCGUCGCCGAUGCAAAGCAGCAGGAGACCGGUGCGGCGGUCGAGACAGCGACUCCCGCCCCCAAAAGGCCCCGAGAGCCGACGGCAGUAGACUUGGCGCUGCGCGACCUAAAGCAGGCCCUCAUCAAGGCGAAGCGCGCGUACAGGUUCAGCCCGGACCGGCUGCAGCGGCUCCAGGACGCGCUGAACCAGUACGUCGGCACGAACAACUUCCACAACUACACCGUCCAGAAGAGCUUCAAGGACCCGUCGGCCAAGCGCCACAUCAAGUCGUUCGACGUCAAUAUGAAGCCCAUCCAGAUCCGCGACACGCAGUGGGUCUCCAUUAAGGUGCACGGGCAGAGCUUCAUGAUGCACCAGAUCCGCAAGAUGGUCAGUAUGGCCACGUUGCUUGUGCGCUUCGGCGUGCCGGUCGGGCGGAUCAAGGAGACGUACGGCGCGACCAAGAUUGCCAUCCCGAAAGCUCCCGGCCUGGGCUUGCUGCUGGAGCGACCCGUCUUUGAAGGCUAUAAUCGGAAGGCGGUGGAUACCCUGGGCAAAGACCCCAUUGACUUUUCCAAGUACGACGACAAGAUCCAGGAGUUUAAGGAUAAGGAGAUUUACCAGCGCAUCUUCGAGGUCGAGGAGAAGGAGAAUAUCUUCCACGUCUUCUUCCAACAGGUGGACAAUUUCAAGUCCGACUCAUUCUUGUGGCUGACGGAUGGGGGCAUAGCUGCGGGGAUGUUACGGCCGAACAAGGAGGAGAAGGGCGACAAGGCAGUUGCGAGAGAACUGGGAGACGAAGACGAGGACCCCGAGGGCGGAGAGGGUUAGACGCAACCUCUCUCUAGAGCUGAGUCGCUACAUGCGCCCCUCCGAAUUCACCACGGGGAUUCUGGGACGAACCAUAGACUCAUAGACCACUACAUCUGUA